AUGAAAUGGUGUGGUGAUGUAUUGGAUCCACCAAAAAACUCUAUAACAAAAGAUUUCAGAUCCAACAACACAAUGAGUAUGAGAAUGCAAACUUUAAGCGAAGAAGUAGAGUACAACUGGACCGCCGAUCGCCGUCCCGGCCGUGAUAUCGUUAUCGCAGUUGAUCAUGGCCCUAAAUCCAAACACGCCUUCGAUUGGGCACUCCUCCACUUCUGCCGCCCCGGCGACACCCUUCACCUUGUCCACGCCGUCUCCAGUUUAAAGAACAAUAUCGUUUAUGAUGUAUCGCAGACGCUGAUGGAAAAACUAUCUUUGGAGGCCGUGAAGGUUGCUAUGGUAAAAACAGUGACACGAAUAGUUGAAGGAGAUGCGGGUAAGGCAAUUUGCAAGGAAGCAGAAAAAGUGAAGCCAAUAGCUGUGGUCAUGGGUACAAGAGGCCGCAGUCUAAUGCAAAGUGUAUUACAAGGAAGUGUAAGCGAAUAUUGCUUCCAUAAUUGCAAAUCAGCACCUGUAAUAAUUGUUCCUGGCAUAGUAGAAGCUGGGGAAGAAUCAGUGGUUCCGAUGGACUAGAGAUCACUGUAGAUGGUGAUUUCUUGCUCAAAUUGAUUGUUUUUCAUCCUUAAUUUGUACAUUGUGUGGGUUGUAUUUAUUUUGUAAUAUUUUAUAUGCUAAUAUUCUUAUGUUUGGUUCUGUAAUAUUAUUAUUCUAAUAUAGUGGAAGACAAUUUUAUGUUACUCUUUACAAAAUAAAUGCA